AAUUGCUUUGAAUGCGCCUUCAACUCGUGAAAAAUAUUUAGAUGAUUUGGUAUGUGAAAUUGAAAAGAUGGGUGAAGGUAUUUUAGAGUGGUUCGAAGAAUUUGGUGAUAAAAUUAAUGGUGAGAUGAAAAAUGGUAUGAAUGGAAAUGGUUGUGUUGAUUAUGCAAAUGGACAUAAUAUGGGAAGUGAUGAGAUGAACGGAUUCAACCGAUAA